AUGCCUGCCGCAACAAGCAAGCGCUCUCGUCGCGCUGCAUUUGAUGAUGACGAAGAAGGCAACGAUGAAGUCGCCGUCGUCCAAGCUACCUCCAGUCUAAGAAAUGAAUCUCAACGGAAGAAGGCGCGUAUCUCGAAUGCUGGCCCUAGUAAAAACUCAGCUUGGGCAUCUCGUCAAGAGAGCGCCGCUAGCUCCGAUAACGAUGAGGAUAUGCAGGAGCCGGAGGAGCCGGAGGAGCCUGCUGGGCCUGCUGCGACGCAAUACGAGAUGAUGCGUGACGCCGGAUUUAGACAUCUUGAGAACACGGACUUAGAUGACCAACGAGCGACACAACGCCUGAAGAGCCGACCACACAUGCUCGGCGAAAAUCAGGUGGCCCUGAAUGCCAUCAUUGAAAGCAUAACCUGCUACAAUUUCAUGUGCCACACAAGACUACAUGUUCCCCUUGGACCCCUACUCAACUUCAUCGUUGGAGAGAAUGGAAGUGGCAAGAGCGCUAUCCUGACUGCCAUUACGCUAUGUCUGGGCGGAAAGGCUAGCGCGACAAAUCGUGGCGGAAGCCUGCGAAGUUUCGUUAAGGAAGGCGAAGAUCAUGCUAGCCUGGUUGUCCAGAUCAAGAACCAGGGUACCGAUGCAUACAAGCCUGAUCUAUACGGAGAAUCGAUUACCGUAGAGCGGCAUUUCAGCAAAUCCGGCUCUAGCGGUUUCAAACUGAAGGCCUCGGGCGGCAGGAUUAUCUCCACCAAGAAGGGCGAUGUUGACGACAUCGUCGAAUAUUACUGCCUUCAAGUCGACAACCCUCUCAACGUGCUCUCUCAGGACAACGCGCGGCAAUUCUUAAAUGCAGCCACCCCUGUCUCCAAGUAUAAAUACUUCGUCCAAGGUACUCAGCUGGAACAGCUUGAUCAGGACUACCAACUUCUCCAGGAAACCCUCGAGGCCAAUGAAACGAGACUGCUUGCGUUCCAGGAGAACAUCACAUACCUGAAAGAGAAGAGCGAAAAGGCCGUGAAGCUAAGAGAUACGCUCACCAAGAACGCAGAGAUGCGAAGACAAUCAAAAGUAUACUCGAACCAGCUAGCAUGGGCCCAAGUCAUGGAGCAGGAGGGCCUUCUGCAACAGAAAGAAAAUGCCAUACUCGCAGCCCAAGAAGAUAUCAAUAGAAUGGAGGUGGCUAUUGUAGAGAAGACAGAAUUCCUCGAGACCAUUGACAAUAAGGUUCAAGAAGCCGAGGAGUCCUUUAACAACCUUAGCCAAGAGGAAGACCAGUUUAAGGAGCAAGAAGAGGAAGCGAAGACCAAAUUCAACGAUGCCAGAGCAUCGAUAGAGAAGACCCACACCCAAGAACGAGACAUCCAUCAACGGCUCACUAAUGCUUCGCAAAAGGUCAAGGAUUACGAGAAGAAAAUACACGAAGAGGAGCGACGCCUAGAGGAAGUCAACGGCGGAGCUCUUGCCGAGAAGCAGAAAGAACUAGAAGAGGCCAAACGCGCUAUAGAUGACAUCAGGGAGUCCCAGAAGUCCCAUGCCGAACAUAGUUCUCAUAUUACUAACGAACUAAACGAAGCUCAGAAAAAGGUACAGGGCUCGGAAGAGCUCGCCAGUCAGAAGCGACAAGAAGUUUCAGCAGCCGAACUCCGGUUGCGAACUUUGUCACAAAAUCGUAGUGAUCCACUCGCCGGGUUCGAACCUCGAGUCCCUCAGCUUUUGCGCCUCAUUGACAGUGACAGCGGAUUUUCACAGAAACCAAUCGGCCCCAUCGGCACACUUAUUCAGUUGACUAAGCCUAAGUGGUCCGCGAUUCUAGAGAAGAUUUUCGGAUCGGUUUUGAGUGGGUUUAUCGUCGCUAGUCGACCCGACCAAGUACGGUUAUCCUCCCACAUGGAUAGACAAGGAAUUCGAAACUGUCCCAUCUUCAUAGGCUCGAGGUCCGCUCUCAACAAUCUGAGGGAGCCGGAUGAAAAAUUUGAUACAAUACUAAGAGUAUUGAGAAUUGAUGACCCGCGAGUGAGAGAUCAACUAGUUAUCACUCAGAAUAUUGAGCAAACCAUUCUGAUUGAAGAUCGAGAAGAGGCACAACGCGUUAUGUUUGACGGACAGCAGCCGGAGAAUGUCACCGCUUGUCUGUCCUUUCACGACAAGAAGAGGGGUCAUGGUCUACGGCUCACUCGACGUGGUGCAAACAUGAGCACCAGCCCUAUUGGUCCCAAUUUUGACCAGAAGUCUCGCAUGAAGUCCGACGACGUAGAUUCGCAGAUCGAUUUCUUUAAAGAGAAUUUGGAACAGCUGCGGACAGAGUUCCGGGACCUAGAUAUGUCAAGAAGAACUCUUCAGCAGGCGGCUCAACGCUGUACCCAAGCUAUCAAUCAACACAAGAAGCAGGGAGCGAACUUCGAGAAAGAGUUACGCAAUGCACAAGCUCGUGUUACUCACAUAGAAGAAGAACUUGACAAGUUUGAAGGGGCUGAUAAUAAAUUACAAGGAUACAAGAAUGACCUACAGGAAGCUCAGAUUCAAAAAGACCACUAUGGCAACCAGUUUGGUGAAUUGGCCAUGCAAAAACAAGAAAUGAACAAGGAGGCCGAGAGUCUUAAUGAGGUAUUCAAAAAGGCUAAGCUAGCUUCCCAGGACCACAAAGCAAAAAUCAGCAAGGCCGAAGACAGGGUUAAGAGAUUUAAAGCAACCCGUCAAGUUGCCCUAGUUGAGAAGAAUCAAGCGUACGAGAAUCUCGCUCUGGCGAAGGCUGGAAAAGACGAUGCGGAGAGGUCUAAGGAGAGGCAAGCGGAAGUUGUUGCCGAUUAUACUCGGCAAGCAAGUGCUGUCGCGCCUGAACGGGCUUAUAUACCUGAAGGAGAAUCCGUUCGAAGCAUCGAACGCAAAUUCGAAUCCAUCAGGGAGCAACUAAGGAAAAUCCGCAACCAGCUCGGUGCGUCGGACGAAGACAUUCAGAAUCGUGCGACGCAGGCAAUUCAGGAAUAUCGGGAGGCUAAGAAAAGCCAUAAGAAUCUAACCUCGCUCGUAGACGAGUUGAAGAAGGCUUUGAUGGAUCGACUACGUAAAUGGAGAACAUUCCAACGACUGAUAUCUGCGCAUGCUCGCUGCAACUUCAACUAUCUCCUAAGCGAGCGUGGUUUCAGGGGUGAGCUUUUCCUUGACCAUAAAGCCAAGAGACUUCAAGUCCAAGUCGAACCGGACGAGACAAGAAAGACUAGCUCAGGGCGAAACACUAAGACAUUGUCCGGCGGGGAAAAGUCUUUUUCGUCUAUUUGUCUUCUUCUUGCUAUAUGGGACGCGAUGGGGUCUCCCUUGCGAUGCCUCGACGAAUUUGAUGUUUUCAUGGAUAACGUCAACCGUGCGAUUAGCACUAAUAUGCUAAUUACCACAGCCCGUCGUUCCGUAGGCAAGCAGUUCAUUCUUAUCACUCCCAAUGCCAUCGAGGGCCGAGCAAAGAUCGACAAAGAUGUCAAGAUAAUUAGACUCACGGAUCCUCGACAGAGACUCAUCACAGAUCACUAG